AUGGACAAGAUACCAACCCGCACAACUCAAAUCCUAGCUACACUACCCGAAGACCUAGAUUUAGAAAAAACGGCGGAGAUAGCGGACAAGAUAAGUGAUGCUGCAACUAUCAGCAGUGUCAACGCUCCAAUGCUAUGCGACACGCCACAUGAGGACGUAUUCAACAAGCUGCAACAGCAAAUUAAUAGGCUAUCUGCACAGAUAGACCGUCUGUAUACAGAGCGAUCAUCCUCAGCUCACAACUCAUACAAAUCCCAACGACGUUCCCGAUCUAAUUCUCGGGGAAGAAACGAUGCGUAUUGCCGGUACCAUCGCAAAUUUGGACAGGCAGCGAGAAAAUGCACCAAACCGUGCAGUUUCAAACAACGAUCGGAUUCUACAAUUCUACAUCAUGCCAGAAAGCGGGAAACGCCAUUCCCAACAGCGCAUGAAGACGGCGUCUGCUGUUGGGGUAGGGAAUGCCAACCGUCUAUUCUACUAACCCUACGUGCUGCUAAUGGAUCACAAAUCCAGACUUUCGGUCAAGUAUCAAUGACUUUGGACAUAGGCCCGAGGAGAACAUUCCAAUGGUUAUUUACAGUAGCCGAAGUCAAGUUCACAAUUUUAGGCGCAGAUUUUUUGGCUCACUAUAAACUUAUCGUGGAUAUGUCGAAACGCUCACUGUUAGACCAGACGACGAAUCUUAUGAAUUAUGGAGUUACUUCCACCCUCACCUCCACUAAACUAUGCGUCGCCUUACCAGCAGACAACCCUCUCAAAGGUGUAUUGGACAAAUUUCCUUCACUUGUCCGCCCUUUCACAUAUACCGUAACAGUGAAGCACCACACCGUACACAAAAUUCAAACAUUUGGCUCGCCAGUCUUUCCCAAGCCGCGCAGGUUAAGUCCUGAGAAGUAUAAACAAGCGCGCGCGGAAUUUCAACACAUGUUUUUGAAACGGCACAACCGGAAAAUCAUCUUCUUGGGAAUAUUUGGUAGUGGUGCAGUUUUAGGGUAUAAAUAUUUUCAAGCAAAGAUAACUGAAAUCCAGGAAAAAGAAGCUGAAGCCAGCAUUGCCUUUGCUCGAAAACAACAUCAUUUUGACUGCAAUCAGCGUACAUGCAAUCGCACAGCACUUUCUAUGCUUCCUAACUUAAGGGGUGCAAUUUUACGAAUUAUUGAUACAGAAAGUCUUACGCAACAACUGAAAUCAAGUUCAAAAAACAAACUUCAAAUAUGGGAAGAACUUAAAUUAUUGAGUUUCACACGUACUAUAUGCAGUGUGUAUGUAUGUAGUAUGUUGGUGCUGUUGCUGAGGGUGCAGUUAAAUAUUGUAGGUGCCUAUAUUUACAAAGAGAAAUUUUCAACGAAAAUGAAUGGCAUGAGUUCUCAUUUUUCUAAUGCCACCCAAAAUAUUCAAGGUCGAUAUCUGGCUAUGUUAGAACAUCUUCUUGAUCAAGGCUUAAAGGACCUUGUUGAGCAUGUACAGGUUGCAGUGGUUAAGGUUAUUGGAAAAAUCUCUUUGAAAGAAAAACUUAGUUCUGCAAAAGUUCUCAGCAUUAUCCACCAAAUCAGAAUGGCUGUAGAAUGUGAUCCAGAUGCUGGUGCAACUGGAAGAAGUUGCCAAAAACUUUGUACAUUCAUUCUUCCCCCAGAAGAAAAACCAGACAUAGAUGUAAGUAAUAAUUCAUAUGAAGAUAAACUGCUGGACAAAAUGAUCUCUGAGACAAGAGAUGUUCUUGACAGUGAUGAUUUCCAUACUGUCUUCUGUUCUUGCCUUGAUCUUGGCUUCCGACAUUUGAUGGAUAGACUUGCAGAAAACUUUACUUCAACUCAAACAUUCCGACCUGACAGAGCAAACUUGAGUGAACCUGAAGUAGCUAUGGCCAAAUUCAUUCCCAUUAUCAACAAGCUGAUAUUUCGUCUCUGUUCAGAACCACCCAAUCCUUUCUUUCAGGAAUUACUUUUGAUGGAACCGAUGAAGGAUCUGGCUGCUAAUGUCUAUGAGGCAUUUAGUCAAGAGACAGAACCAUCUCCACAAAUGCAAACUGGUUUCUUUUUAUCAAAUCUUUUCAGCAAGUCUUCGUCCUGCCAGGGAAUUAGUUAG